AUGGGGUAUCAAGAAAAGGUGGGCUUAUCUUUUAUGACAGGUACAGUGUCUUGCCAUGAUGACCCAUGGCAAAUUGGGCUGCCAAAGGAAGUUGCCAACUUGAGCUCCUGGGACAUAGACAUUCUCGAUGGCAGCGGAGAUGAUAUGGAAGACUGCCGUUAUCAAAUUGACUAUGGGAAGCACGUGUUGAUGGUUGGGCACCAGAACUGUACCGAAAUGGAGGAUAACAAGCCGCGCCUGAGAUUCAGGUUGCAGUUCAACAAUACGGAGGGGGUUCGACCCCAGAAUGAAACUUACAGCAUAGACUGCGAUGCCCCCCAGGCUGAUGAAGCGCGUUCCGACAGGGGCUUCGCCAGUGCUACUACAAACUGCACCAAAACCAACAUGGCGGUUACAUUCCCAAGGCUGAUUCCCAGUUUUCGGGAUGAACUCACGGGUGUCCAGCCUGGAAUGGGGUCUCAAGUAGCAUCUGGAAUGGAGUGGAUGGUAUCGAUCGAGGAUAAUGGCCAGAUCCAUCAUUUGCUUCUCAGGCAGGCGAUUCAACAGGGCUACACUUUCUUUUCCGAUGCCACUGAUAUCAUUAUCCAAGUCCCGUUUAAUGCUAGAGGAGUUGCAGUUUACAAGCAAGAUGACCACGUGUUAUAUACCGUAGCCAUCAAGCUAACUUAUGGGCCACCAGAGCAGCGCCUGACUCUGGAAUCAAGAAUGAUCUGUGCCCCAGGCCCAGCCAUCUGUAAUUCGACCCACAUGAUGGUGAUCCUCCCAGCUUUCCCAGGAAAAUUGACAGCUGUCAGCCUGAAUGAGAAGAACAUUCCGGUACACCAACUUCAAGCCAAUGACAUUGGUGUGGAUACCAGAAAAGGAGUGAAGUUGCAUAUUCCCAAAAGUCUCCUGAAAACUCGGGCCUACAGAGAUUAUGAUUGUUCCGGUUUUCAGUUGUAUAUCGCACCCUUGACAUUGAAUUUUGACUAUCGUGGGGAAAUAGCCACCAUGGUGAGCUACCCAGAAUGUCCUUGUGUACAAAAUGCACCAAUAGUUACCAUUUGCACUCAAGACGGACACAUGGAUUUUGAGAUAGCGAGCAGCAGUACGAAACCGGACUUGAACCUGGAUACCCUCAGGCUCAGAGACCCAAGCUGUGGACCCAUCGCCAGGUCGGCUUCGAGAGACCGAGUCCACUUCCGUGUGCCGCUGAACGAUUGCGGGACCACACUGAAGGUUGUUGGUGAGAAGAUGGUUUAUGAAAAUGAAGUGAGUUCCUUUUGGCCAGAUCAACCCCCACGCUGGAUCUCAAGAGAUAGUGAUUUCAGGUUGACCGUGAUUUGCUCGUACGAGAGUGCCGAUACUUCCUUGAAUGUCAGGAUAAACACCCUUCCACCCCCUCAGCCUGCAAUCAACCAAGGUCUGCUUUCGCUUCUCCUCCUCAUUUAUCCAGAUGAGUCCUACUCGAUUCCUUACGAUGAGGACCAAUAUCCACUUGUGAAAUACCUGCGACAGCCCAUUUUCCUGGAGGUUCAAGUACUUCACCGAAAUGACCCAAACAUCCACUUAAUGCUGGAGAAUUGCUGGGCUACUCUGGCCUUAGAGCCCGCGUCUUUGCCACGCUGGAACAUGGUGGUUGAUGGAUGCGAGUACGAACUUGACAAUUACAAAACCAUCUUUCACCCAGUCGGCCCGGCAGUCAGUUACGCAAAUUUCCGCCAAAGAUUUGAAGUGAAGGCAUUUGCUUUUGUCUCCGACGGUGGCAAAGCUCUGUCCAACCUCAUUUAUUUUCACUGCAGCGUUAUCAUCUGCGAUAGACAAAAUCCAGAUUCACCCUUGUGUUCUUCCCGGUGUCCUCGUUUUUCCAGGAAACGACGAGCAGAGGCAACGGAAAAGACUGCAGUUGUGACUCUGCCGCACGCUGUCAUUUUGGUACCCGAGGAGGAAUUUAAGAUGCAAGGCCAGCAGAAGUUGAGCAUCAAGGUGUGGAUCGCUGUUUCUUCGAUAACGGUGUUUGGCCUUUUGGCUACCAUUGUGGUGGUCCUGGUUUGGUUAGUCCGACGGCGGAAAGGAUCUGGCUUGAUCAAUUAA